AUGAGCGAAAAGGCCUUGAUCGUGAAUGUUACCUACUUGUUGUGUGGGAAGGCAGAAGACUGGUGGAGGUUUGCUGGUCAGAUAUUGUCACAAGAGGACUUGCCCACUCUGGUGAGCAAGAGCAAAAUCUUUGAAGCUAACUCAAGGAGGAAGAUAGUGGACACUAGGGGAGCCAGGGCAGUAAGGCAAGAACGAAGACCCCUUAGAUUCUCCAAAGGGCUGUAUUCGGGUUCUAGUCAUUCAUAUUCCAGAGGGACUUCAUUUCAGGAGAGGAGCAGUGGUACUGGUUCUGGUUCUGGGUCUAGUUCAGGAACAGGCUCUUUCAGAGGACCGCUUAAAUGCUUCAUGUGUGGAGGACCACACAUGGUGAAGGACUGCCUACAGCCAUGGACUACUUAUAAUAAUUGUGAGAAGUCAGGGCAUACUGCCAAUGUGUGUUGGGCCGCUAAGAGGAGUGACAGUUUAAGUACAACUCAGAGACCAGAAUCAAGAGGGAGCACAGGGCUGAGUACGGGGCCAAAGCCAAGCAUUCCUGGUAGGGUCUUUGCUAUGAGCGAGGCAGAGGCUACACAGUUAGAGGAACUGAUCCGAGAUAAAUGCAUUAUUAAAGGCCGAUUGCUUGAUGUGUUGUUUGACUUGGGUGCUAUGCACUUAUUUGUAUAUGUGGAUUGUGUGAACAGUCUGAAUCUGUAUAUGAUUGAACUAUCAUGUAAUGUUGUGGUGACUACCCAUACGGAUAAGCCGGUUGUGACGUCGUGGGUGUGCUUAGGAUGUUUAAUAAUGGUGCAUGGUAAGGAGUUUGAGGUAGACUUGAUUUGUUUGCCUCUUUCCCAACUGGACGUAAUCUUGGGAAUGGAUUGA